AUGCCUGUUUCUUACAAGACCACGUUAGAAGAGGACCGUAACGAUCCGAAAAAUUGGAAGUUAAUCCUUACUGAGGAUGGUGCUCCUGCAUAUUAUGAAUACAGACGGACUAUUGUUAAGAGUCCUCAGGACGACCGUGAAUACCGCAUCAUUCGCCUACUAAACCAACUUGAGGCCACCCUUGUUUGCGACAGAACCGCAGACAAGGCCGCCGCUUGCAUGGAUGUUGCGGUUGGAACUGCAAGCGACCCAGAAGACAUGCUCGGCACAGCCCAUUUCUGCGAACACCUAUGGUAUAUGGGUACGGAAAAGAAUAAACAAAAGGAUGCCUUUGAUAAGUACAUGAGUUUGCACAGCGGCAUGACCAAUGCCUACACAUAUCACUCCGACACAAAGUAUUUCUUUAGCAUCAAUUCAGAAGACUUUGAUGGCGGGCUCAAACUAUUUUCUCAACCCUUCUACUGUCCAAGCUUCCAUGAAGACUCCAUACAGACUGAAGCCAAGACGAUUGACUCCGAAUAUGUUAAAUUCCGCCAAACGGAUACUUGGAGACUACUGUAUAUUGAAAUCUCCCUUGCCAGUCCGGAACACCCGUUGAGAAAAUUCGGCACCGGAAACAAAAGGACGCUGAUAGACGGUUUUCUUGAGACGCCCUCCAGCGCAAAAUCAGGCGGAUCCAGCAGAAGUUCUAAGAUAACGAGCAAAGUGACCUCCCAGAGUGUGAGAAAGGGGGUAAGAGAGGCAGCCGCAAAGAAGAUCACGGAGGAAGCAGAAGCUGCAGCCGCUCUAGUGGCAAGGGAAAAAUUGUUCGAAUGGUGGAAGAGAGAGUAUAGUGCUUGUAGAAUGAGCUUGGCAGUGAUUGGAAAAGAAUCGCUCAAUGAUCUCACCAACAUGGUCGUACAGUAUUUUACACCAAUCAGAAAUGACGCUCAGCAAAACCCUACUCCAUUUGUCUCUUCAGAGCAACCAUUCGGAAAGAGAGAACUAUGCAAAAUCGUGUACGUUAAGACACUUGUGGAAAUGCACAGAAUAAAAAUCGCCAUUCCUGUACCGUGGCAGGAUAAUUACUGGCGUGAACGCCCAGCGGACUUCCUCAUCCAUCUGCUUGGCCAUGAAGGCAGGGGUUCAUUAUACUCAUAUCUGAAGAUGAAAGGGUGGCUGUUGGAGCUAGUUGCAGAAGUUGCAGACUUUGGACGAGGAAUUAAUACUAUCACGCUGCAGCUAGACCUAACCGAAAACGGAUUCAAAAACCAUAGAAUUGUAGUAGUAACAUGCUUCAAGUUCAUCAACUUCUUGAGAAACUCAAAGUUUCCAGAAUGGAUGUGGGAAGAACAAAAUAAACUGAAUGAAUUGUCGUUUCGCUUCAAGGAGAAAGGCAGUGCCGUUUCCUAUGCAUUGGACAUUGCUUCCCACAUGAAACUUCCCGUUCCCCGUGCUCUAGUCCUAAAUGGCAGUAUUAUGUCCUGGGAGUGGAACGAGAAGCUUGUAAGAGACACACUGAACAAAUUAGAUAUCGAGAAUUGCUAUGUUAUUGUAGCCGCCAAAAAGCAUGAUCAGACUCACGGACAGAGUUGGCAAACAGAGCCGUGGUAUGGAGCAGAGUAUAUUAAGAAACCUCUUGACGCCAAGCUCAUAGCCCAUGCGCGCAAGGAUAAUGACAUUAAUUCCUUUACAUUGCCGGUACCGAAUAUAUUUAUUCCAGAGAACUUUGACGUUCAUUAUAUGUACGUUGAACGGCCAAAGAAACGGCCUGACCUUAUUAAGAGCACAUCGCUAAUGCAAGCAUGGCACAAGAAAGAUGAUCAAUUCUGGCUCCCACAUGCUUUUGUGAAUAUCUCAGCACGAACUCCUGUUGCUGGAGCAAGUUCCCAAUGCUUUGUGUUAACUAAAAUAUUUACAGAGCUUGUAAAGGAUGCCCUUACUGAAUUUGCAUUUGAUGCACACAUAGCAGGCUUAGAUUAUGAACUAGAAGCCACCACGCGUGGCUUCACACUAACGGUCAAGGGAUACAAUGAUAAGCUGCACCUUCUCACCAAGGGCGUACUUAGUGAGAUUAAAGAGAUUACCAUUCGAAAAGACAGACUGGAGAUUAUAGUUGAACGAGUACGGAAAGAGUUUAAGAAAUUAAAGUAUGGUGCCCCUUGUGAUCUGUCCAAGGGCUACUUAUACGACCUUACCGAUAAUAAUGCAUUUAACGUGGAAGAGAAACUAGAAGCUUUGGAAGGUAUUAAUAUCCAGAAGCUAAAAAAUCAUGUGGAGGCGUUACUUUCUAAGCUGUUCUUUGAGGUACUAGUCAGUGGGAACAUGCAAAAGCAAGAUGCUCUAAAUCUUGCAUCACAAGUAGAAGAGGCAUUCCAAAAACCAGUGCAGGCAGACAAGAUCCCAAAGAACCGAUCUUGCACCCUUAACAAGGGUUGUAAUUAUAUCUUGGAUCUGACUGCACCCAUUGCCAAUGGGACAAGCUCAAGCUUAUGCUACUACUGUCAAGUCGGAAAUGUCUCCAACCAACGUACUCGUGUGACGUUUUAUCUACUUGCCCAGAUCCUCCAAGAACCAACAUUCACUAUUCUUCGAGUGAAUGAACAGCUCGGAUACGCAUGCUAUUCUCGACCAAUGAAAGGUGCUGAGUUAGUUGGCUGGCACCUGGUGAUACAAUCUGAGAUGGACACAAAGUAUCUUGAAUGGCGAGUUGAAAAAUUCCUAGAGCAUAUGCACAAAAGGAUUAAGGAAAUGUCACGAGAGAAAUUCAAGAGUCAUAAGAAGUCACUCGGAGACAAUUGGAAGGAGAAACUUAAGACGAUUAAACAAGAGGGGGAAAGGUUCUGGGACUCUAUUGAGGAUGGAUACCAAGAUUUCCAACAAAACGAAAAGGAUGCAAAACUUCUUCAGAGCCACGACAAAUCCGCAAUAUCACUGAAUGAUGUCCUUCAAAUGUUUGAACAGUACCUCUAUCCGGAAUCGCUAAAGCGUUCCAAGCUUUCAAUACACAUGCAUUCUCAAAAGCCACCUAAACCAGCACCUCUGCAUGUCAGCAUACGUGCUUCAAAGGAAUUCCUUGAGGUGUUGCUCAAAGGUGGCAUCUCUAUAGACAGAGAUGAAUACUCUUCUACGUGCGAACUCGAGCCAUCUAUGUCACAAUUCCAAAAAUUCUUGGAAGAGAUGUGUGGAGAGGGAGUCAAGGAGUUAUUUGGAAAGCUUGAUUCACUUGCAGAGAAGUACCCUGUAGAGAUUGCUUUGAAGGGUACAGAUAUAAAAGACUGUGUUAAGUUCAAACGUGGUCUCUCCCUUUCUAGGUCUGCAACGCCAGUACAGCAAUAA